AUGGAUGGGCAGAAGUUUGUCAUUGGCAGUGAGUGCCCGUGGGAAGUGACAAAGCCGCUGAGCCUUGACACUCAGAUAAGGAGAUUAGAGGUGCGGCUUCUGCUUCAGCACCUUCACCCUCGAGCUGCAGGUCUGCCUCUCAGCUGGUCGCUCCGAGUGUUGACUCUGUGGAAGUCAACAAAGGAGGAAUGUUUCCGGUUCUUUGUAGAGGCGGGUAGGGAACCAAAGCUACCCAGAAUGAGGCUGGGAAUCAGUGGUGGGUGCGGACCGGGCCUCGUUGCCCUCUUCUUGCCCAUCUAUCCUGCAAGUAGCAGCCACCAGGCGGCCUAUCAAGUCCCAUUUAGAGCAGAUCGGCGCCAGGGAGCGGGCAGGUGGUGUGCGCUGCAGCGCCACCGCGUGCAUCGCCCAGGCCACAGCGCCAGGCGCGCGCCGCAGGUGUCGGCGUGGGGAGCGCGGAGCGGGGCGUCAGGUGAGGCGUGGCUUGCGGCCCGGAGCCCCGAGUUGCGCGGCUGUGGGGCCCGAGCCGGGCGGCCCUCGGAGGCGCCAGACACCUUGCAGAGCCCCCGCCCGCUUAGCCGUGGCCGUUCCGCCUCUGGGCGGGGGCGCCUGGUGGUAGCCACCCCCUGGUCGCCGCUCUACUCCCUACACCAGGUUGCAGAGCGGGUGGAGGCCCUGGGGCAGUUUGUCAUGAAGACCAGAAGGACCCUCAAAGGCCAUGGGAACAAAGUUCUCUGCAUGGAUUGGUGCAAAGAUAAGAGAAGGAUCGUGAGUUCAUCCCAGGACGGGAAGGUGAUCGUGUGGGAUUCCUUCACUACUAACAAGGAGCAUGCGGUCACGAUGCCCUGCACGUGGGUGAUGGCUUGCGCGUAUGCCCCGUCGGGAUGCGCCAUUGCAUGCGGUGGUUUAGAUAAUAAGUGUUCUGUGUAUCCACUGACAUUUGACAAAAAUGAAAACAUGGCUGCCAAAAAGAAGUCUGUUGCUAUGCAUACCAACUACCUGUCUGCCUGCAGCUUCACCAACUCAGACAUGCAGAUCCUGACAGCGAGCGGCGAUGGCACGUGUGCCCUGUGGGACGUGGAGAGCGGGCAGCUGCUGCAGAGUUUCCACGGGCAUGGGGCUGACGUGCUCUGCUUGGACCUGGCCCCCUCGGAAACAGGCAACACCUUCGUGUCUGGGGGAUGUGACAAGAAAGCCAUGGUGUGGGACAUGCGCUCCGGCCAGUGUGUGCAGGCCUUUGAAACACAUGAAUCCGACAUCAACAGUGUCCGAUACUAUCCAAGUGGAGAUGCCUUUGCUUCAGGAUCAGAUGAUGCUACGUGUCGUCUCUACGACCUCCGGGCAGACAGGGAGGUCGCCAUCUAUUCCAAAGAGAGUAUCAUAUUUGGAGCAUCCAGUGUGGACUUCUCCCUCAGUGGGCGCCUGCUCUUUGCUGGAUACAACGAUUAUACCAUCAAUGUCUGGGAUGUUCUGAAGGGGUCCCGAGUCUCCAUCCUGUUUGGACAUGAAAACCGCGUUAGCACCCUACGAGUUUCCCCCGACGGGACUGCUUUCUGCUCAGGAUCAUGGGAUCAUACCCUAAGAGUCUGGGCUUAACCGUCUCUUCACAAUGCACACCUGGGAGUAGAUUUGAAGUCGUCAUAUGUAAAUCUUUCUUCUAGAGGAUCUGAGGGCUAUUGCAACUUAGCUUAAAGGAGUGACUCCAUAACUGAAGUUCACUCUGCGUCCCCAAUAUUACUACUAGCAGUACCACCCUGGAAAGGUACCAGUGUGAGCCUUCCAGCACUAGGACACCUUCAAGUACAGUGCUUUGCAUUUUGAACACUUUUUAAAAUUUAUCCAUUUUUAAGGUUAUUCUAAUUAGUUUCAACUCAUUCUAUUACCAACAGGAUUCAGCAUUUAAUACAUCCUGUAAUAUUUCCUUGAA